CCCGGUGGAAUCUCUCGGCUUCCGUUGCGCAUCGAGCAAGAUGGCAGCCUCCGAGACGGUUAGGCUACGGCUUCAAUUUGAUUACCCGCCGCCAGCCACCCCACACUGCACGUCCUUCUGGCUUCUCAUCGACUUGAACAGAUGCCGAGUGGUCACGGAUCUCAUCAGUCUCAUCCCUGUGGACCUCAGAGUUAAAUUAGAAGAGAGAGGAGUUGCUGAGAAUCCUGUAACAGUCAGUAACGGUGACAGUACUCGUUUAUUACCUAGAAAAGCAAAGAAGCGGGCAUUUAAGUUGGAGGAGGAUGAAGAAACUGAGCUAGCUUACAAGAAUUCGAAGAAGCACUGGAAAAGGCACGAGAACAGUAACAGCGAGAAGACCUUGGAUCUAGAGCCAAAAGCUGUCGCAGAUCAGACCGUGAGUAAAAGAAACAAGAGGAAGAGCAAAGCCACGUGUGCUGUAGUGGAGGAUGAUGACGGACAGCCCGAAAGAAAAUCGCCAAAGAAAAAGGAGAAAUGUGAGUAUACAAAACAGGCAAGGAAUCCCAAGUCUUCGAAAGCACAGUCGGUGAAAGGGUGGCCCAUCCAGAAGUGCAGCCUUCCAAAAGGUCCUCCUGCUAGAAACAGCCUUGUUAAAGCGAAAAGGAAAGGUGGCCCCGGCGUUCACACAAAGGACAGCCCCGCUUCCUCCUCCGAGUCUGAGUCUUACCAUGAGUCGGCCAGCGAUGGGCUCAGCAAUGUCAUCUUGGAGGUCAGACAUUCCUCAGAGAAAGUGUCAGCUGAAUUAUUGAAGGAAGGAUCCUCCGUGAAAAACACGACAGCAAACAAAGUGGCUACAAAGAUUGGCUUUAACUCUACCCCCAUCAAGGGCAAGACCCCCGGGACAUCAUCUUCUAGUUCGGACUCGAGUUCGGAGUCGGAUGACCCAUGCGUGAUACCAAAGAGAGGCCCGGAGUGCACUGCAGACUUCUUAAAGACAAUAGGCCUCUUUGCAGGAAGAGGUGGUUCCGUUCCGGGGCCCUCAUCCCAGAUCCCGAGUGCUGCCGAGUGGAAGCAGCCUGACUCACAUGGUGGCAGGCCGGCUCUUGGUCCUCCUCCCAACGUGACUCUCCCCGCCAGUUUGGGAAGAGGUUGGGGCAGAGGAGAGGACCUUCUUUCUUGGAAGGGAGCUAGGGGUCGGGGUGUGCGGGGGAGAGGUCGAGGACGGGGGCAUGCCAUUUCCUGUGUUUUAAAUAGAAGUGCUGACUAUCAGAAGCAGCAGCAAUUGAAUGAACUGGUGACAAACUCAUCGACUAUUAUCCAGAAUCCUGUAGAGACACACAAGAAGGACUACAGUCUGUUACCGCUGUUAGCAGCUGCCCCUCAAGUUGGUGAAAAGAUUGCAUUUAAGCUUUUGGAACUAACGUCUGAUUAUUCUCCUGAUGUCUCUGACUACAAGGAAGGAAAAAUAUUAAGCCAUAAUCCGGAGACCCAGCAAGUAGAUAUAGAGAUUCUUUCGUCCUUACCUGCCGUGAAAGAACCUGGGAAAUUUGAUUUGGUUUAUCACAACGAAAGCGGAGCUGAGGUAGUGGAGUACGCGGUGACGCAGGAGAAGAGGAUCACCGUGUUUUGGAGAGAGUUAAUUGAUCCAAGACUGAUUAUUGAACCUCCAAAUAACACCUAAAAUGCGGAGCUUCCCUGAGGGUGACCUUUCCACCUCGUGGUUUAUAAAUGUCUUAUUUGUGAAAGUGAAUAUAACCUGAACUUUUUUUUUUUGAAGAGGAUUUGAGAGUUGUAUGCAUUUUUGAUUAUCUUCACUUUAUUGCAUAGGAAAAAAAAUCUACCUCAUCAUUUAAAAUAACAUGGGUGUUGCUUUUGUAGACCAUUUUUUCCCCACCAGGCUUCAUUUUAGUAACAGAAUUUAAAACGUAACAUUCCUUCAGGCAUCGUUUCUAAAGCAGUGUGUAUGGUUUCUUCUCUUUUUUAUUUUUUAUUUUUGACCAUCAAGUAGCCUUCGUCAGUAGGAGUUUAUAAUACCAAGCACGAGAAAGUGCUGCGUAUCUUGUCUCAGUAAGUUUUAUUAAGUAACAUUUAAAAAUACAAAAGCAUGUUACUUGACUUAAUUUUUUAACAUUUAGGUGGUUCCAUUCAGUGUGGAAUAUCUACAUUUCAAGUAUUUUAUACUUGUCGUUGUCAAGGGUUCACAGAUAGCUGGGUUUGCUGCAGGCAUGGAGUUAAGGAAUCCUUUCACACUUUUCUCAGCUUUAAAGUGAAGGAUUCUCAGGCCUGUCGAGAGCAGUGAAAACAAGCCCCUGUGUGUGUGUGCCUGGGGAGGAACAAGGGCUCUGUGCAGGUGGGGGUUUACUACGAGCUCAGACCAGGGGAUGUGUUACCUUGCUGCUAAAUCCCAGGCACCUGGCUGAGUGUGCUGGAGUGAGGAUCUUGGACAGAAACUUCCUUUUCUGUUAUUAUUCAACACAAAGCUAAAAAAGGCUAAAAUAUAUACUGUGAAAAUGGUUUUCUUUUAACGGAACAUCAGAUCCCUCCUUCAGCUCUGCAGGUUUUUAAAUAAAAUCACAUUGAAACUAAA